AUGGACAUUGUCCCACCAUCAUAUGAAUCUGCAACAACAAGAGAUGCGUGGGCAAUAGUUGCCCAGUACAUCCCAUCCAGUGACCUCUGUGCUGCUUCGUUGGUCUGUCAGAAAUGGCAUCAACUCUUCAUGCCCUUUCUCUGGGGCGAUCCAGCCUCUCAUUUUGGAACUGACAAUGACGCAGUUUACGUUGCUUUGACUAGAUUUAGGAGAACCUUAAAAUAUGCUCGGCUCGAGGUGCGAAUGCUGACCCAUACGCUUCAUCUUCCCCCAGCUCUGUCCGAAAUCUACGGUGGCCCGCGACCGGAAUGGCUAAAGGAAAUCCUCGAAUAUCUACCAUGUCUUCAAUCCUUGAUGGUAUCAAAACUACCUUUCUUCGAUCAUAAUGCUAUGACUGCUUUAAAAAGCCUCACUGCAAAUGGACAACCAUGGGGCUCGGUGGAUUUCCAUACAUACAACAUUCGCUUACUGUUAGCGGAGCGCGAACCUAAUACUACAUCUCAAGGGGUGGCAGAGACUCUAUUGCGUUUUCAGGAACUGAUAUAUCUUGAUUUGUCCUAUACCAAAUCUGCCCGUGAUAGUGCUGUGCUAUCUGCCCUGUCCCAGUUAGAACACCUCCAGGUGCUGAAACUGCGGGCUAUCGGCUUGAAGGACACUGAUGCCCAGUUUCUAGCUAAUGCUAUUGGCACUCGGGUUAGAUUUCUUGACUUACGAGAGAAUGUGCUUACCGAUAUGGCUGUUCGGUCUCUAUUGCAGGCCUCAUUCCUACCUCCAAACAGCUCUUCAAAUGAGCUCAGCAGGGAUAGAGAGACAGCGAGGUCACCAAAUGCCAUAUUCGAAUCUCUUCCAACUUUAGCCAGACUAGACUUCCUCAAACGUUCAGAUCUAGAUGAGCAGUUCAUCAAAAUGUUGACUCGCCCUCUGACAGGUCGUUCCUGGGUCGAAAACCUCCCACAUGCUGGGAUCACACAUCUCUAUAUAGCGGGCAAUCAAAUCACAGUGGAAGGUGUUGCGAGUCUUUUAGCUUCAGAGAGGCUACAUGCUCUCGAUGUUGGGACAGUCGAUACUGCGGCUUCGCUACACAAAGGGCCAGGUACCAUCUCUCCACCAAAGUAUGAAGAUCACCAAAUAUUCCCCGGCGCAGAGAAAUUGAUACCAAUUUUGGGCGUAUCUGCAAAGGAGAGCUUGACAUAUCUUCGCGCUCACCACCCUAUCCUCACAUCUGAGGUGCCAUUUAAAGACUUUACUUCUCCCAAUGUCUUCCUGCCAGAGCUUCCAGAUGAAGGCACCCAGACUGUUCCUGAACGGACUCACGAGCCGAGAGAAUUAGAUGCUACGAAUGAGAUUCAUGAAAUGCCCACGGGGGUAAACGCUGUAUACGAGCUUGCAGAUACCUCAAUACCUGCAGCCGCAGGUCCGUCCUCCUAUUAUGCCGGAGAACGAUCUCUGUUGGCUGAUGAACCGCCCCCAGUACCAAGACGUGGCUCUGCAUAUGCACCAGAAGUAGUUGGGUUAGACGAAGACAAGCUAGGUCCAAAUGGAACGGGUAUUUCAAGAUCUCGGUCAGACCAGAAGGGCGCGAUUCUAACCGCGUGUGGUCAUCCAGAUACAAUGUGUUCGGAGAUGCUAGAGCCAGUGCCACAGUGCAGCUCUCCUCUCUCAACAGAAGACCCCCGUGCGCAUAUAAUACGAGAACUUCUUGCCAAAAGACCCAAAAAUCAAACCCUUCCUCGACGAGAUAGCAGAGACAGCAACUUUCCUCAUUUGCAUCCAUCCCACAUCCCUCACCUUGAAACGUUGGUCUUGACCGAUGUUCCCUCACAUGUCCCUGCAAACUCACCAAUACUCACGUCAUUAAUACGUUUUAUUACUGCCUGUUCGAAUGAAGCAUUGCUCGCAACCCUUCAGGCUGGAUCGGAUUAUUCGUUGCCUCCUGGUCGAUCGCGACUUAACGCUGAGCAGCAACGGUCGCGAUCACUUUUCGGUCUGCGACGCUUGGUGUUGGAAAUCACACCCACGCCGAGCCUGAAGGGUCCUGCCAAAUUGACCCCAUGGAGAUCUGUAAGCUAUCAAAACGGAACGUCAAAAUCGAGCACAGGAGAUUGGGAUUCGGAGAACAUGUGGUCAGCAGCCAUGAGUGACUUCAGCUUUUUCGGUGAAGAUGAGUGUGGCAUUCCAGAAAAGGACCCAGGAAAAUACUUCCCCAUGGCUGCUCUCAACGAGAAAGUCACUUUAAUGCCAGAAGAUGACGAUUCCGUUCGCUUGGGGACCCCAGAGCGCGAGGCCUCCAGCUCCCCCAACUUACUAAACUCGAAUCGACAGCACUCGCAGCGAGGCCGUUCACGGCCCAACUCCAUAACCUCCACAUCUGCGGCACCCCAGCCGUCAGUCGAGAUCCCCGAGGUGGAUCUCGUCGCUGAGCUGGCAUCAUUCCGACGCACGAAGAAAAUGGAAUACGAAGGGCUGAUGCGAACUCAACGAUCACGACGAAGUACCAAUGGCACCACCUCUUCUCUCCGCGCGCUUUCGAUAUCCUCGUCUCCGAGUUUGAUAACCUUGACAGGAAAAUCCGCGCCACUUUUGUCCAUGGCACAUUUUGUUGAGGGGCACUGGAAAGGAGAGGUGAAAAUUGUCCGGAAUGCAGCGCCAAAGGGUCGCAGUGGGGUGGUGGAUAUGUAUGGAAAUUAUUUUGAAAAGGGAUAUCUGUAUCCUUGA